CUUCUUAUAUAUUAGACAAAUUGUAAAUAACUGCCAAUUUUAAGGUGGAGAAAAUGACAAUACCAACAUAUAACCUUUUAUGCAUAGGAUCAUUCAUGUUCUUACUAUGUUUCAGCAUUACCUUUGGUCGCAAGAACCUAGAAGAUAAGCUCGGUGACACUCUAUUUGCACCCAAACCUGUUGAAGCAACCGAGCUUAGAGCCGCUUUAGUUACUAAUUCCGAAGCUACCGACAUUUCAAGUAGUAUUGGUUUGGGAGAAGUUGGAAGUCAAGAGAUGCAUCACAUUUACAUAGAAACAAGUAAGGAUUCGAGUCUCGGAAAUAAACAAGACAAUAUAAACUCUAUGCCUAGGAAGGUUAUAAGGGGUAUCGUUUCCAUCUCAUUCUCAUUUCCUAUCAUCAAGAUUGGGGUUCCUAUUCCGAAGCCAAAUAUUACGGUGGCUGCCAUAAACCAACUCAACGAAGAAGAGAUGAUUAAAGGCAUCGUCAUAACUCCAACGAAGACUAAUGAGUUGUGUAUUUCCCUUGGAAAUGACGGUUUAGAGCUCUCAUAUAGCUAAAAACAAUCUCAAGAGCCGUAUAUCGAAGGCCCAUUGCCAACUUCCUAAGGGUUAUGCUGGAGAUUGAAGUGACUAUAAAACAUAUGACGAAUUGAUAAAGUUGAUGGAAGUACUUUUUUUUUUUUGGACAAAGUACUUGAUGGAAGUACUUGAGUUAUGGUUUAAGAGACAAAUAAGUUGUUGGUGACCAACGAGUAUAAACAAUAUAUGUAGCCAUCAUUAACAAAAACCUUGAGAAAAGUUGAAAAUGAAGAAUGACAAAAGGAUAUAUGUGAA